AUGGCAUUGUAUGGACUAAAACAAGCUCCACGAGCUUGGUAUAGUCGUAUAAAUGCUUAUUUUUCUAAGGAGGGAUUUAAGAAAUGUCCAUAUAAGCACACACUCUUUAACAAUAAUGAUGAUAAAGGAAAAAUGCUCAUUGUUUGUUUAUAUGUGGAUGAUUUAAUUUUACACCGGAAAUUGACUUCUCCAUGGUUGAAAGUUUUUAAGAAGUCCAUGAUGGUGGAAUUUGAUAUGAUGGAUAUUGGAAUGAUGCAUUAUUUUCUUGGCAUUGAAGUUGUUCAAUCUGCUGAUGGUAUUUUCAUCACACAAAAGAAGUAUUCUCAAGAGAUUUUGGGACGGUUUCAAAUGAAGAGUUGCAACUCUGCCAGCAGUCCCACUAAGUUUGGUUCGAAGCUCACUAAAGAACCUAGAGGAAGAAGAGUUGACAACACUCUUUACAAGCAAAUAGUGGGAAGUUUGAUGUAUUUAACGACCAUAAGGCCUGAUAUUAUGCAUGAUGUAAGUCUUAGCAGAUACAUGGAAAGUCCGAAAGAGAUGCAUCUUCUUGCCGCAAAGAGAAUUUUUCGCUAUUUGCAAGGAACUACUAAUUAUGGUUUGUUCUACGCGAAAGGAGAAAAAGCAGACUUAGUUGGCUUUACUGACAGUGAUUUUGCUGGAGAUUUAGAUGAUCGAAAGAGUACGUCUGGUUAUGUCUUUAUGAUGGGGUCGGGAGCAAUUUCAUGGUCUUUGAGAAAGCAAUCAAUUGUGACUUUAUCAACUACAGAAGCUGAAUUUGUGGCAGCAGCAACAUGUGCCUGUCAAGCAAUUUGGAUGCGUAAGGUUCUUGGAGAAAUUCAAUUCAAGUAG